CUUUCUGCAGCAGCAUGCAUGCAUGUCCGUAGACGUCAUUUGAUUUUAAUGGCCUGCAGGAAAUUUGGCGUUACAACUCCAGACAUUAAGACAGGAGAGGGAGAGAGAGAGUGAAAGGGGGAUAGGAGGAACACUGAAAGAUAUCGGUUCAAGGAUAACUCUGCGUUUUUCACAUAUUUCCUUUUUGUAACCUUAGACAUCAUCAACAAGUUAUGAGUUAAGGAAUAUGGCGGCUCGCUUGGUUUUAAACUUUCCAUCCAGGCUGGAGAUUGAGAAGCCUUCCUGUUAGCUGGACUGCCUGAGGACUUAUUUCAUCAGACCAAAUGACAAUGAUUAAAAUCUGCUCCAUCUAAAUUUGAAUCACUCACUUCCCUGUUUGGAUUUCUACCGUUUUUUUCUAAACCACAACUUCAUGCCGCUCCACUUUUUCCAUCCAAAAAAAGAGAGAGAAGUUUUUCUAUCUGUGAACUCAUAAUUUGAGGUAUAGAGGGGUAUCACUUUCUCUUCCUUGAGAAAAUUGCUCAGGCGAGAGAGUGGAGUUGAGCUAAUUGUAGCCUAAUCCCCGGCCCAGAGGCGCUCGGGCAGCCCGGAGCGAGAAUCAUCUUUUUUAGCUCUGCUCUGUUAUUUAGAGAAGGAUUAUUGGCUUUCUUUCCUCUCAUAACAAACCACAGGGGCAGUUUUCAUUUAGGCAAAGAGAAAAAAAAAAGACAGACAAGAGGCAGGAGGGAAAAACGGGAGCGGGAUUCCAACAAGAGCGCACAUUUUUACGCGUUUCCGAAUCAGAGCAGUUAAGGGGGGAAGGAGAUCAUCCUCAUCUAUGUUCAAGGAGGGAAGAAGCAUGUCACGGCUGUCUCUGACCCGGUCCCCGGUCUCUCCCCUGGCCGCUCAGGGGAUCCCUCUGCCGGCUCAGCUGACCAAGGCGAACGCCCCCGUGCACAUCGACGUCGGAGGACACAUGUACACCAGCAGCCUGGCGACCCUCACCAAGUACCCAGACUCCAGGAUCAGUCGCCUGUUCAAUGGUACCGAGCCCAUCGUGUUGGACAGCUUGAAGCAGCACUACUUCAUAGAUCGGGACGGCGAGAUCUUCCGCUACAUCCUGAGUUUUCUGAGGACCAGCAAACUGCUCCUUCCAGAGGACUUUAAGGAUUUCCACCUGCUGUAUGAGGAGGCCCGGUAUUACCAGCUGACGCCCAUGAUCAAGGAGCUGGAGCGCUGGAAACAGGAGCGAGAACAGCGGCGAAUGGCACAGCCCUGCGACUGCCUGGUUGUCCGGGUCACACCUGACCUGGGUGAGAGGAUCGCCCUGAGCGGAGAGAAGAUCCUCAUAGAGGAGAUCUUCCCUGAGACUGGGGACGUUAUGUGUAACUCUGUCAACGCUGGCUGGAACCAGGAUCCAACGCAUGUCAUCCGCUUUCCCCUCAACGGCUACUGCAGGCUCAACUCUGUCCAGGUUCUGGAGCGUCUUUUUCAGAAGGGCUUCAGUGUGGCGGCGUCGUGUGGAGGCGGCGUGGACUCAUCCCAGUUCAGCGAGUACGUGUUGUGUCGUGAGGACCGGCGGAGCCUCUCAAUCAACACCCCUAUCAGGAUAAAACAGGAACCCCUGGACUAGAGAUUUUUAUGGGGGGGGAUGAGAAGGACCCUCCUCAUUAUUCUUCUCCACCUCCUCACUCUCCAUCUUUUCCCGUCGCCUCCAUCUUCACCUCCUUCCCCUUCUCUGCCCCAGCUGGACCACAGCCUCCCCUCCAAGAACAUAAAUAUCAGCAGAGGUGUUCAACCUGACCAGCUCUGCUGAACUCCACGGGGAAUGUAGGACCAAACAAAGGAGGAAAGCAAAGGCAGCAAAAGUUUUUCCGUUCUGUUUGAAAAAUACCCAAAGAAUCUGUUGGACCGUCGGGUGCUUCAGCUUUCUGUUUUUUAGCACAAAUUUACGGACUGAUUCUCCCAAACAAAGAAAACAAUGUAGAGGAAUGGAAACCACCUCUCUUGUCCAGGCCUGUUUCUGUUGGAUCAGGGGCCUGCUGUGGUCCAGGAAAGCUUCGGAUGAUAUCAAGGAUGUCAAGUCAAGGACUUAAUCAUUUUGUGAGGCCCUGAAUCCCCAUGACCCUUUCAAACCUCAGCGGAUUCAGCAUUGUUUGUUAAACGGUUUCUAUGUUUUCUUCCCUCGCUUUGCUGUUUUUUAUCAUGACAUGGUGUAACCAAUUAUUACUAAUAGGAUUAUUUUAAUGUCUCUUCCCACCCCCCGUCUCUAAAAAUGAAGGAUGUACGAACAUUGUAUUCAUUAGGCUUCGAAAGCUUGCAAAGGGAGCGUUUCUUGGCAAUGGCUGCAGAAACUCAGAUGUCUGCAGGCUAUGUGGCAAAAGCAAUAUGACUGGCAAUGAAAAUCGGAGCCAGAAAAAGUCCCAUUGUUCCAACAGGGAUAGAAGAAAGAAAAAAAAAACUCGACGUUUCCAUAAUUUUAUAGUCAAAUGUGUUGCGCACAGAAGAAAGGAAAGCAGCUGUAGAAUUUCUGCUUGUUUGCUCCAAAACAUGUAGUGCCCCUUUUGUUUUUGGCCAAACCUGCUGUUUCAGAUAAUCAAACAAGUUCCAAUAUCAGAGCAAAAGUAUGAGUGAAGGAAAGAAAGAGUCACUGUGUGUUUCCAAUACAAACAACUAAGGGCGAUUUAUUAACUUUUGGGUUGUUUUACUUGUUAAACUCUGGCCUGACUAGAGACAGACCUGUUGCUAUAAGAAGACCUGUCUGACUAUAUGAAGUAGGUGAUAAGCUCUAAGACAUCAGGCCCUUAUUUGAUGAAAUGUUAGAACAAAUAGGAAAUGUUUUCUCAAAUGAAUCAAUUUUGUUCUCUGCAGCAUCAUGAUGGGCCACGCGGCUUGUUCUCCAUAACGUCUGGCUUGGUGUCUGUGCUGUGAUUGGACAGGAUUUAAAUAGGGUGGUUUUAGGUUGGAAAAGCGGAGACUCCUCGUGUAUCUGUCCAGGUUGACACCAAGUUUUUGCGGUCUUUCCAAACUUACACCUUGAGCUCUUAUUACUGUCUGCUGUACGUUCAGCUCUCCGCCAGCCCUCAGUCCAUCUUCAGCUCUGGAAGUAAGAACACUUUAAGACUUUUUUUUGUUCUUGCCACCGAAAGAACAAAAAAAAAAAAAGUCUCGCUUCUCAUGGAGUAUGUGGCGGCAUUUACCAUUUAAGACUUAAUCAACAUCAUCAUCCAGAAGUGACGAAAACGUUGCACAGAGGGGAACCCUAGGAGCACUUGGGCUGAAAAAUAAUAACACAUUUAGCAGGUUAUAAAACAUCACAAUGUCUAAAGCAUGACAUGCCAAACAUUUAGGGUCAGUGUUUGAGAUUUAACAUCAGAAAGGAAACUUGGAAGAAGAAAUCCAUUGUUGACAUUGUUACAUUUCUUACAAAAAACAUUUAAAUUUGCAAAACUGUGAAAUGAUGAGACCAAAAGGCGUGUGUUGUAAAAUGGGCAAAACACCUUGAGGGUACCAUGUUUUUUUUUUCUCUCAAGCAGAAAUCCUGAAGGAAAAUUUCCAGCUCUAUGUCUGGAACCUUAAAGUUAAUUUUUCAGCAGGCUAAUAAUCCCGACCACAAAUAAUAACCCGAGUUAUUAUUUUUAAUAUGUAUAAGUUCCAACUCAGAUGCUUGCUUCCAACAAGUUGUUUGUACUCACAAAACCUACAGAGAGGCUGGAUGAAAAUAUUUCUGCCAUGAAACGUGGAGUGGGAAUCCUCUGCAGUUAUGGAAAAGGAUGGAUUUAUUUCCCUUUAUAAGACUAAAAUCUUUGUUUUAAAAACAGAUUUUUGUAAUUAGUUUGCUCAUCUGAAACAUUUAAGUGUGCCAAAAAGAGUAAAAGAGGAAAUCUCUUUAAGGUAGGAAAUACUUUUGAAUGGAUUUUCUUCUGUUUUGCAGCUUUUAGGUUCAUAAUUCAGGUUAAAAAAAAAGCAGUUGAGUCGGAAGGUGAAACAGUUGAGGACCAGGCUGUCCUGAUGAGCAGUUUUUUUUUUUUGCACUUGAACAUUUUUUCUUACCACAGAGCUGGCCAGGCGCCGCUCCUUCAUCGGCCCCCAGCGAACAACACCAAGCUGUUUCACCUUCAGGUGGACGUCGGGUUUAGAAAUUAGGCAUCCAACAGAACCAAACCAUUUGAUUGUAUAAGCAUAAAGAUGCUCUUUGAGCCACGCUGCAUAAUUUAAAACUGUAUGAAGGAUGUAAACAUUUGAUCCUCCAAGUCCUGACAGGUCUGUUGAGAAAUCUGUUUGAAUAUUGUCACUUCUAAGUUAGGAUUACUUCAGAAAUCUUCAAACAUUACAUACAGCAGAAGCUAAAGUUCGGCUGCCAGCAUCAGUGUGUUGUUGGCUAAGAGACGAGUGAGCGGCAUUUUACUCAGUCCUACUCUUCUUCUUUUGCUCUUAUUCUCUGCGUGUCUUCGAUCAAAGACAAAAGCAAGAGAGUUUCCACGCUUUUCAUUUGUGUAUAACUUAACCAUGCUGUUUCUUCCAUUACAAAAGCCGGAGCUUAGACAGAAGAAAAGCAGCUUACUCUGAUCUUGGUGGGUGCUGGCAGUGACUUGAUUUAAACUGGGCUUGUUUUUUUGUUUUUUAGUUCUUCAUAAAACUUGGGCCUCUGUUGUCCAAACAGGAGCAGAAGUUUCUCUCUAAAGGACCGUUUCUGUUCUGAUUUGCUCUGAAUGGAUCCAGUUGCCUCAAAGGGAAAGGUCAACCAAGACAUUUGUUGUUUGCUUGUUUUUGAGAUGAAGGUGCUCGUCGGGCCAUUUUCUCCACAACAAACCGAUGAGUCUCUCAGAAACAUGCCAGGCGGCAACCCGACUCUGCAGCUGACCUCAAUGCACUUUGGUCGUUUCAGUGAAACUGAUUCAUGCUUCUCUAAAAAACAACUUAAAGGAACACUUAUUGCCAUUUAGGAGCAAGAAGUUACUGAUAAAAACAAAAAACAAAACACCAACCGUUAAGCAUCUCAGCAGAUUUGGACCAACUUGGCCGGACUGAAACACUCUUUGAACAUCUUUACUGUUGUUGGCUCUUCAGAUGAAGCACUAGUCCUACACGGCUGCCCGGCCCGCUGGGCUUUGCCCCCUCCUCUGAGGCGACUCGGUUUGUACAGUUACUGUGUAUUGACUUGUCAGGACUCGUAGGCUUUAUGGGACCUUUAUGUUUUUGAGAAAUCACAAAUCUUCACAGUAAAGAACAAAGGAAAUCCUGAAAAUUACAUUGUGUACAUAUGGAUUACAAAAAACAUUUCAUAGCGUAUAAUAAGGUGCAAAUGUAUAUUAUUUAAAGUGUUUAAAACAAUUAGACUGUGGUAUUAAAGGGCAUGUGUUCAUUUACAGUGUCUCCAUUUGACUUUUCUUGCAUAUUUGCGAUAAUAAAAGGAUGUACUGUAUAAAUGAA